GGGACGUAUCGUGCUAGUGCGUCCUUGUGCGUCCCACUGGAUGCAGUUCGUCCCGCGCGUCGCCCGCCUGGUCUUCGAGCGCACUCUGCGCCCGCCCGCGCCGCGGGCGAAAAAGACAGCCUUUGGGCAGCAGUUCCCUGGCGAGGAGCUGGGCCGGCUGGCAGGCGACGGAGACUGUGCUGUGCAGGGGUUGCCCGGUCCGCCCUGCGGGCAUCGGUCUUGGCCGGCCACCGCGGCCAAGCUGCUCUUCGGCAUGUGCCGCUCCCGUGCGCAGCCCUGUGCACCGACCUCCGCACCCUUCCCAGCGAUCUCGAGAGAACAUUCCGCACAGCCAGCUCGUGGAAGUCAGGUCCAGCUCGAGGUCGGCAGGGGCUCGGUGGUUGCUUAGGUUUGCAUGCGAUCCGUUGCUGUUUGGGUUGCGAGCCCUUUUGUUUGAUUGUCUGGUUGUUACGACCAUUCCGUAGGAUUUUUUCACGGCUCG